CCUCCAAAGCCAAUACCAGAACUAAAACAAACCUACUCAAUUCUUCAACUUCCUCUGUUUCUUGGUUUCUUCUUUUGAUUAAGGUUCCUCUCUGUUUCUCUCUUUUGGCGUUUUCCAUGGCGGAUGGUUCAUACGACGAGGAGUGUGAUUACCUCUUUAAGGCUGUCCUAAUUGGUGACUCGGCUGUCGGAAAAUCAAACCUUCUGUCCAGGUUCUCCAAAGAUGAAUUUCGAUUGGAUUCUAAGCCGACCAUAGGUGUCGAAUUCGCUUAUCGGAAUGUUAGAAUUGCAGACAAGAUCAUCAAGGUUCAAAUAUGGGACACUGCCGGCCAAGAAAGGUUUAGAGCCAUUACAAGUUCAUACUACCGCGGGGCCUUAGGCGCAUUACUUGUGUACGACAUAACCAGGAGGGCAACAUUUGACAAUGUGAAGAAAUGGCUGCUGGAGCUCCGGGAGUUUGGGAGCUUGGACAUGGUGGUUGUUCUUGUGGGCAACAAAUGUGAUUUGGGACAUCAGUCCAGAGAAGUCGAGGAGGAAGAAGGAGAGAAAUUGGCCGAGACAGAAGGCCUAUGUUUCAUUGAAACAUCGGCGCUGGAGAACUUGAAUGUUGAGGCAGCAUUCUUGCAGAUGAUCACUAAAAUACAUGAAAUUACAAGUCAGAGAUGUUUAGAAGUAAAGACAAACGAAACCACAAUCAAUCUUCAGGGUGGAAAAGAAAUUAUCAGCGUUGAUGAAGUUACUGCUACUAAACAACCGUACCUAAGUUGCUGUUGAAUUGACAUAAAUAUGCUGAGGAAAAUUUUCUCAUUUGAUUCCAAAUUGAAAGAAAAUUGUUUGAUUGAU